AUGUCUAAUCUGCUCUCUAAGAAGUCUUGGCAUGUUCAAUCAACUCGGAAUCGAGAAAGAGUGAGAAGGGACGAACAACAGGAAAAGGAAAAACAUCAAUCCGAAGAAAAGAAGAGAAAAAAGGAGGAGUCUCAAAAAACACUGGACUCUUUCAAGAGACUAAAACCAUCUUCAUCAUCCGACCAUCAACAGUUGAAUAUUCUUGAUCUGUCUAGCAAUUUGAUUCAAAAUUCCGAAGCAGGGAAUAGUGUCAUUUCUAAUUCAAAACCACAGAUCCCUGAAGGAGUUUCAUUCAAAAGUGCUCUCAAAUACGAUCAUCAAUCACUCUUUCAUAAAGUAGUAGUCAAUGACAACGUCAAUCGUUCGGACUUUUCCGAUAAGAAACGCUCAACAGAAGACUCGAAAGUAAAGAAGAAAAAGCAAACAAAGGACAAUCCACCUCCCUCCAUGGAUGACCUUCUCAAAGAGUAUCAAGCUCGAAAUGCGAUUGAGUCAGCAAAAACAAAAGCCUUGUUGGAACAAUCAAAGAAAACGAACAAGUAA